AUGUUGUUAAACACUAUUUUCCUUAAUCCAACAUCUCGUUAUGUCUUCCAAAAACCAAUGAACAUGAAUGAAGAUAAAACAUUCUUAGAAGUAUUUAUUGAUACUGUAGCUUCAACUGAUGAACGUGCAAAAGCACUAUCAUUAUUAAAAAUAUUAGUCACAGUAACAUACGAAGCUGACAAUGAUUUCUUAUUAAAAUUAAUGAAUGAAACAUUAUUUACAUAUUUAUUACUUAAAUCAAGUGAUUCAGAUUUGUUUCAUUCUUCAUUAGCUUGUAUUAUCUUAUUUGAUGUCUUAAAUGAACUUAAAUUUAAUUCAGCACCACAUUCAAAUACUGAAAUGAUUAAUAAAAUUUCAAGAGCAAUUGAUACCAUCGGUUUCGAACAAAUGAAAAAAAAAUUAGAUAAUUUAUUAAUUUCAAAAGAAUUCAUAGAAGCUGAAACACAAGGUAUAAGUACUGGAAUGUUAUUUGAUCGUGAAUCAGUUCGUUUUAUUACUAAAAUUGUUCAAGAAGUUAAAGAAAAGAGAGAAGUUGGUGAACAAAAAUUGAAAGAAAGAGAAGUUCAAAACUUAAAAGAAGAAAUAGAGGAGUUAAAGAAGAAGAAUGAACUCAUUGAACAAAUGCUCACUGAGACUCAAACUAAAGUAGAAGAACUAAACAACCAACUCGAAUUAGAACAAGCUUUAAAUGAAGAUAAUCAAGAAAUGAAAGAACAAAAAGAAGUUCUUUCUCAAGAAAAUGAAGAAUUAACAAAAAAACUUACAUUAAAAGAAGAAUUUAUUUCUCAAAUACAACAACAAAUAGACACUCAAAAAAAAGAAGAAACAGAAAUGAUUAAGAAAAACGAAGAAUUACAAAGUCAAAUCAAACAAAAUGAAGAGGAAAUUAAUAGACUAAAAGAAAAUCAAAUAAAAUUAGAAGAAUUAUUGAAAAUUCAAAAAGUAAAUGAAAAUGAAUGUGGUAAAGCUCAAACAGAAUUAAAUAUGAUCAAAAACCAAUUAAUAAAAAUGCAAGAUGAAGCAAAAGAAAAAAAUUCAACAAUCGGUGAAUUAGAAAAUAAGUUAAUGCUUCAAGAGAAUAUUAUCUUACAAUUAAAAGAAGAAAUUGUCUCAAAAGAAAAAGAAAAAAUGGAAAUGAAAUUAGAACUUGAUUCAGUUACUAAAACCAACCAAACAGAAUCUUUAAACAAUAACUGGAAAAAUGAAAAAGAAAUUUUAUUAAAAGAAAAUGAGUCUUUAAAAGAGCAAUUAGACUCAAAAAAUGAUGAGCUCUUGCUAAAUCAAAUGCAAUUAGAUGAAUAUAUCAAAGUAAAUGAUGAAUUAAAUCAAACUGUGAAUAAUUUAAAUAAACAACUUAAUCAAUUCAAAGAAUCAUUUGAAUCAAUAAAUAAAGAAGUUGCUGAUUCUUUUAAUGACUCAACCGAAGUGCCACAAGAACAGCCACAACAAGAAGACAAUAAAACUACUUCAAAAAUACAACAAAAACAACAAUCGACUGAUGAAAACAAUGAAAAAAAUCAAUCUCAACCAGUGACUGAUCCAACCACUGCUGGAGUUCAAAUGCCAACUGUCACAAUGAAUGAUUUGUUCUCAACCAUUCAUUCAAUCUUUAAUUGA